UACCUGAACAGAGCUGUAAGCAGUACCCACUUGGUUCUUUCUUCUAUUUUACUAGUCUUCACGGGUCGGGAACUGUUUACAUGGACCCCCUCUGCUCCCAAUCUUCACAACCGCAAAAGCUCCUAUCCAUUUACUUGAAUGCAUUCAUUCUCCCUUUUCUUUAUAAUUCCCCUGAAACCUCCUCCUCUCUCUUCACUUUUCACUUUUUGCAGCGACCCAUCCGAUAAAUCAGAUCAACAACUUGUACCAAACAAAAAUGGCCGCCAUUUACAUGCUGUUACUUGUUCUGGUGAGAAGUGUCCAAGGGUCAUCAAACAGUACAAAACCUGAGCUUUCUGUGGAUUUUUACUCUAAAUCAUGCCCACAGUUAGAGCAAUUGGUUCUCUCAGUCACCACCCAGCAGUUCAAGCAGGCUCCCUCUUCUGCCCCAGCCACCAUUCGCCUCUUCUUCCAUGACUGCUUCGUCCAAGGGUGUGAUGCUUCGGUUCUGAUUACUACGAGGGGCGGAAGUGGUGUGGAAGUAGAGAGAGAGGCUUACGAUAACAAGGAUUUGGCAGCAGAGGGGUUCGAGAGCGUGAACAAAGCCAAGGCUCUGGUCGAGAGCAAGUGCCCUGGACUCGUCUCCUGUGCUGACAUUCUCGCCAUUGCAGCAAGGGACUUCAUCCAUCUCGCUGGAGGUCCCAACUAUCUGGUGAAGAAGGGCCGGAGAGAUGGGAAGGCAUCGACAAUUGCCAAUGUAAAAGGCAACGUUCCUAGGUCCAAUGCAACAGUGGACCAACUGAUUCGCCUUUUCGGGUCCAAAGGGCUAAGUAUACCAGACUUAGUGGCUCUAUCAGGUGCUCAUACAAUUGGUUUCUCUCAUUGUGAUCAAUUUGUAGGGCGCCUCUAUGACUAUAGGGGCACAGGUCACCCGGACCCGGUCCUCGAUCCGAGGCUUCUUAAGGCCCUAAGGAUGUCGUGCCCUCGUUUCGGGGGAAACACGGAUGUGGUGGCUCCCUUUGAUGUGAAGACACCAUUUGCUUUUGAUCACAUGUACUAUGCCAACCUUCAAACCAAUUUGGGCUUGCUAGCCACUGAUCAAGCACUCUUCUUGGACCCUAGGACCAAGCCCAUUGUCCAAGCUUUGGGAAAGGAUAUAGGUGCCUUCUUUAAGGCUUUUGCUCUAGGGAUGGAUAAAAUGGGGUCCAUUGGGGUGAAGAUGGGGGCGCAAGGGGAGAUAAGGAGGGACUGCACAAAGCAUAACAAGAACAUCUAGCAAGUCUUUGCCAUUUGAAUUUAAUUGUUACGGAAUUUCUUGUUUGGAACCAUUUUGUAGAGUUUUGGUCUUGAGUUGUCUUUAUUGGUUUAUACCUUCAUAUGAAAAUGACUCGUUGUACGAGUU